ACUUACACGCCACGCUCAUCGCUCCGGGCAUCAGUACGCGCCCAGUGCUCAGCCACAGCAGAUCGUGAAUGUGAACGGAUAUAUAUAUAUAAGCAUAUAGAGAGUGUGCAUACCGAUGUCUGUGAGAUAGGUCCAAAAAGCACACAAGUAUUUGCAAAUCCCAAAGGAGGGGGAGUGAAACACGACUUCCUGUCCCCGUACACGUGCUGCAUCGUCUGCGGCCAGGAUCUAAAAGCAAAAACUCCGACUUCGACUACGUCUCCGCUUUUUGUGUGCUCGAACUCCAAUCAGGAGCCGUUUCGUCUAGUUUUUUCGCACUUCUUGCCCCGGCUGCCGUCAUGCAUUCGCCAACAGCCAAAGUGUCGGGCUUCGUCGUCCUGAUGAUUGUGCAAAUAAUCUUCCUGGUUCUGUUCUGGCUGUUCGUGCGUUACGAAAAGACCGCGCUGCCACGGGCAAUCGACGCCGAAGACGCUGGAUCAGCAAACGAACACGUUUCCAAAUAUCCGCAGUUCCAGGACAUCCAGGUGAUGAUCUUCAUUGGCUUCGGCUUUCUGAUGACCUUCUUGAGGAAAUACGGAUACAGUGCCACUGGAUUCACCCUGUUCAUGGCCGCCCUUGUGGUACAGUGGGCCGUGCUGAUGAAGGGAUUCCUGCACAUGGAGGACGGCAAGAUCAGCCUCUCCCUGGAGAACAUCAUUGAUGCUGAUAUUGCUGCCGCCGUGCCCCUGAUUAGCAUGGGUGCCCUCUUGGGCAGGACCACGCCCAUCCAACUGCUGUGCAUGUCCAUCGUUGAGGUGGCUCUUUUCGCGGCCAACGAGUACCUGGCUCUGCAUGUUUUCAGUAUCUGCGACUGUGGCGGCUCCAUCACUGUCCACGCAUUUGGUGCCUACUUUGGACUGGCGGUGGCUCUGAUGCUGAGGCCCGCCAGCGACCAGAACGAGGCGGGAAAGCUGGAGGGCGCCAGCUACACCUCGGACAUCUUCGCCAUGAUCGGCACCACCUUCCUGUGGGUGUACUGGCCCAGCUUCAACUCGGUGCUGGCCGAAGGAGCCGGCGGCGAGCGGGCCAUUUUGAACACGUUCCUGUCAUUAGCCGCGGCAACAGUGACCACCUUCGUUGUAUCCGCGCUUGUCAGCCACGAGAAUAAAUUGGACAUGGUGCACGUGCAGAACUCGACCCUCGCCGGCGGAGUGGCCGUGGGCACGGUGUGCAACUUGCUGCUGGGCGCCCAUGGUGCCGUCUUAAUUGGCAUUAUCGCCGGCACGGUCUCGGUGCUCGGCUAUCGCUAUUUAACCCCAUGGAUGACUUCUAAUCUGAGACUGCACGACACCUGUGGAGUGCAUAACCUGCACGGCAUGCCGGCCCUGAUUUCAGCCAUUGCCUCGGCCAUUUACGCCUCGAUGGCCACCGUGGGCGAUUACCAAUCCGAGCUGCAGGACAUUUUUCCGGCCAUGGUGGGCACCAACGGAACGGAGACCAAAAUCCUGGGCGGUUUGGGCCGGAAUGCCACUUCGCAGGCGGGCUACCAAUUGUUUGGCAUUGCUGUUACCCUACUCAUCGCCAUUGGAGGGGGUAUUUUGACAGGGGCCGUCUUGAAGUACACCAACUUCCGGAACCUGAAGAAGGACGAACACCACCAGGACGAACAUUACUGGGAGGUGCCUGCUGUCGAGAACAAGGAGGAAUAUGAACUAGAAAAGGUUGACGAGCUUUUGCUGUAAGCCAAAUAAGCCAAUGCCAAGCCAAAAAACACCCAAAAAUAGAGCCAAAUAAAUGCAACAGCAGCAGCCAUGGGAAUUGAGAAGCCCAGGACACUGGGGUCCUCUGGCCAAUCCUUUUGUUGUCCAUGCCUGCUUCGCUUAAUUUUUGUAGACAUUUGUCGCAUUUAAUUAAAAACUCCAACAAUUUACACAUUUAAUUAGCCUCGAGCACUGAAAAACAGAAAAUGCUACAGAAAAAAAAAAAACAAAAAGAAGUAUUAGCAAUAAAAAUAUUUUAAAUGUGACACUCUCCUUAACUCCCUCUGUAUAUUUCGCAUGCCGGUCGCAAUUUUUAAUGGAAUUAAAAUCAUACACAUAAAAUCCAACAACGAA